CCGCUCCCUCACCGGUCCCGGCUGUGGCGGCCCGUGAAGGUUCCAGAAGCGGCUCCGGUUCGGGCGGGCCCGGAACCGUUCGGGGGUCCCGGUUCGGGAGACCCGGAGGCUCCCGGAGGGGCUCGGCGAGCUGCCGGAGGAGCCUGGGUGUGUCCGGGGCUCCCGGUUCGGUUCCGGUUGGGCGGUACCGGCAGGGCCCGGUCGGUACCGGAGCCAUGAACGGCGGCGGGACCGGGCCGGGCCCGGUGUGGCUGGCGGUGAGCAGCUCCCUGAACGCUUUCCGUGCCUGUAAACGCUUCUCGCCUUCGCUCACCAUCGCCGAGCUCAAGUGCAAACUGGAGCUGGUGGUGGGAUCCCCGGCGUCCUGCAUGGAUCUGGAGCUGUUCGGCGCCGAGGACGAGCCCUUGGGGACACUGGACUGUGACGAGGCCCUGCUGGGCUCCUACCCCGUCACCGACGGCUGCCGCGUGCACGUGACCGACCGGAGCGGGGCCCGCGCCGGGCAGUUCGAGGACGUGUCACAAGUGGCCAAGUAUGAGAUGGCCGAGAGCGACUACGACAAGAGGACAGGUGGCCUUGGGGACAUCGGGGACAUCGGGGGGGUUGGGGACAUUGGAGGGUCUGGGGACAUUGGAAGGGUUGGGGACAUCAAAGGCGCUGGGGACUUGUCACAAGUGGCCAAGUACGAGAUGGCCGAGAGCGACUACGACAAGAGGACAGGUGGCCUUGGGGACAUCGCGGACGUCGGGGAGAGUCCCUGCACGCCUGGGGCUGCUGGGACCAGGACUGGGACCGAGAAUGAGUCCCUGCACGCCUGGGGCUGCUGGGACCAGGACUGGGACCGGGAACGGGAUCGGGAGUGGGACUGGGACCGAGAAUGGGAACGGGAGCAGGACCGGGAACGGGACCGAGAACGGGAACGGGAGCAGGAUCAGGAAUAG